AUGUUGCAGACCGGGCACGGAGGGACGAACACAGCCGUUUUACAAACUUUGGAACCUGGAACUUUCAGAAUGGACACCCGCAGCAGGGUCGAGUCCUCGUUUAUUACCGUAGGUGUACCCUCAUUGCGCUUCUUCGUAGAGAGCCGCCCCGGAAAGCGUUCCCAGCACGUCUCCAGCUACUGUCAAAAUAACAAAGUUUGCUUGAGACCUAGACGACAUAAUCUGCUUCUCUCAUGGACGCCAGCUGGCUCAGUUCAGAAGGUGCAGGUGACCGUCUAUGAAAAGGGCAAAAGCGAACCGCGCGUCCUCGAAGCCCCUGUGGGUUCAAACCUGAGAAAGGUCUUGCUUGAAAACAAAAUCGAUGUGUACACUUUGAGAGGCAAGCUAACAAACUGUGGCGGUGGCGGCCAAUGUGGCACAUGCAUCGUCGAUAUCACUGAGGGCCAGUAUAACACAAAUCCCCGUGGCUGGCGGGAAGCUCGAAUAUUCGAGAAUAAGCAAGCGCCGGACAGCUGGCGCCUCAGCUGCUGUACGAAGAUUGAGGGCCCUAUAACGGUCCGUACCAAACCACAGUAG